UCUUCAGCCGGCCCAGUGCGCAUCGGUGCUCCAAUACGUUCGGUUGGCGGCUACUGCGCGCAGUCUCCUCUAACACCCAGGCCGACGACGACUACGCGACGCAAACGCGAAAUACACAGUCCGUUGCCAACACUCGGAGCCAGCUGUGAAAGGGUCGACUCGUCCAUUUCUAAUUCACUACGCAAGCAUCCGCCAACGGUGUACACACGCACACGCAUUCACACGGAAGGUGUUAACAAAGAAUGGCGGAAGCCCAUUCGGCCGUAGCAUUCAGCUUUUCCAUAACCCACGAAGGAUGGGAUGUGAACUUCGACCGAGAAGUACUUCACUUGGUGUGGCAGUCCGGCGUGCGGUCCUGGAAGAAGAGACUCUUUAGGUUCCAGAACAACCUGAAGAGCGGCGUUUAUCCGGCAUCCUUGGAGAGUCUGUGGAUCACUGUGAUUACCGUAACGGCGAUACACUUCGCCGGUUACAAGGUUCCAUAUGACCUCGUUGGGAAAAUUUCACCGUAUCUUUCCGAUUCGUCGGUGCCCGCGCAUCUGGCAGGAUCGUUCGUAGUCGGCCUGUUCUUGUGGCUGGCGGUCAUAUACGUGAUUCGGUAUAUCCUGAAAAUGUUGCUCAUGUACAAAGGGUGGAUGUACGAGGCGAGAGGUAAAGGUCGCAAGAUAUCGCUGCUCACGAAACUCUGGCUGCUGCUAGUGAAGAUAUUCUCCGGUUGGCACAAACCUAUGCUGUACAGCUUUCAAGGAUCACUUCCACGAUUGCCGCUGCCAUCCGUGGCCGGCACUAUGGCACGGUAUCUGAGGAGUGUACGGCCAUUAUUGGACGACGAGAAUUAUGCUCGUAUGGAGAGGCUGGCCAACGAAUUCCAAAACGGUAUCGGAAAUAAACUGCAGCGUUACUUGAUCCUCAAGUCCUGGUGGUCCACCAACUACGUGUCCGACUGGUGGGAGGAAUACGUUUACCUGCGCGGAAGGUCUCCCCUGAUGGUUAAUUCAAAUUUCUAUGGAAUCGACGCUAUCCUCACGCAUCCUACGACUGUGCAAGCCGCGCGCGCUGCAUCCGCUAUAUAUUCUUGCUUGCAAUACAGACGCCUUAUCGAACGUCAGGAAUUAGAGCCGAUUUUAGUGCAAGGAUUAGUGCCGCUGUGUUCUUGGCAAUAUGAAAGGCUGUUCAACACCACGCGCAUUCCGGGAAUCGAGGUUGAUAAAAUCGUGCAUUACCAGGAUACCAAGCAUAUCGUAGUAUAUCAUAAGGGCAGAUACUUCAAAGUUCUUAUUUACUAUAGAAAUAGAAUUUUGCAAGCCUGUGAAAUAGAAAUUCAGAUUCAGCAAAUUUUGGAUGACCAAUCGGAGCCGUCAGAUGGAGAGGAGAAGUUAGCUGCUCUGACAGCUGGUGAUAGAGCCGCCUGGGCACAGGCUAGGCAGAAGUUCUUCGGAAAAGGUGUAAAUAAAAUUGCCUUGGACUUAAUCGAGAAGGCUGCGUUUACAGUCACUUUGGAUGAUGUCCCUUACGAAUACGAUCCAAAGCAUCCAGAGAAGUUAGACAAUUAUGGUAAGAUUCUAUUACAUGGAAAAGGAUACGAUCGGUGGUUUGAUAAAUCUUUCACUCUGUGCGUUGGUAACAACGGAAGGAUCGGUUUCAAUGCAGAACAUUCCUGGGCAGAUGCUGCGAUCAUGUCACAUUUGUGGGAGCACGUGAUAAGCUCGGAGUUCGUCAGUGAAAAGUAUAAAGACGGUCACAAUAUAGGCACUCCGGAGUUUACACCUCCCGCACCGAGUCGACUGCAAUGGGAUCUGAGCGCCGAGUGUAUCGAGGCCAUUGAGAAAUCCUACCAGGUAGCGCGUAAUUUAUUGAGCGACUUGGAGCUGCGGAUUUACGUGCACGAUGCUUACGGUAAGGGCCUGAUGAAGUGUCAUUCCAUAUCGCCGGACGCUUUCAUACAAAUGGCUCUGCAAUUGGCGUACUACCGCGACGCCUCCAAGUUUAGUUUGACUUACGAAGCCUCCAUGACGAGAUUAUUCCGGGAAGGCAGAACAGAAACGGUCAGGCCGUGCACUAUCGAGUCCGCUAAAUGGGUGAAGUCGAUGGGGGAUAACAAGAUGACGGCGGAGGAAAAGAUAAGACUAUUGAUGACCGCGGUGGCGCAACAUCAGAAAGGCUAUCAGGAUGCUAUGUGCGGCAAAGGGAUAGACAGACACUUGUUCUGCUUAUACGUAAUAUCAAAGUACUUAGAAGUAGAUUCACCGUUUUUGAAGGAAGUUUUAAGCGAGCCGUGGAGACUGUCGACGUCGCAGACUCCACAUGGCCAAACUGCAAGACUGGACCUGAAGAAGUACCCCAAUUGCAUCUCAGCAGGCGGCGGAUUCGGUCCUGUGGCUGACGACGGUUACGGCGUUUCUUAUAUAAUUGCGGGAGAAGAUCUCCUAUUCUUCCAUAUCUCUAGUAAACAAACGUCGCCGAAUACGAAUGCUGCCAGAUUCGCGAAGCAGAUAGAAAAAGCACUUGGUGAUAUGAAAGACUUGCUAGAACAGAAGAAGAAAAUACACCAGAAAAACGGAUCUGCGUAAUUUAUUCGUUAUCAGCGAUAGUCGCAAAAGAGUAAUUAUAACCUAUAUAGUGAAGUAGAAUUUAUGCCUCCGGAACUUCUUUCUGGUGUAUGAAAAGAUUGAGAGAACAAUGUAAAUAUAAUUUAAUAUAUUUACAUAAAAAUAUAAUUUAAUACAAUAGUUUUUUCAUAUAAACGUUUAU